AUGCCCUUCUGGCAACUCCGCCAGAUUGUCGCUUAUGGAACCCUCUCUUUCUUCCUAGUCUUCGUUCUCUCGUUCGGCGUCGCAGACUCUCUUCUGCGCCUGUAUCCUGAGGGAGUUCAGCGAGCAUGGGGAAUCAUAAAGGCCUUCGAGGCGGGCGCCGACGAUUCCUUGUCCAUUCCAGAUUUCACUCAUUACGAACAAGUCAAGACUCUGGAUGAAGACCAAUUUCCUCUCGACGACCUCACAAGACGAGUUAUUAUUGUCGGUGAUAUCCACGGCAUGAUGAAGCCUUUCAAGAAACUUCUGAAACGAGUCGAUUACUCUCCUUCGAAGGACUUGCUCAUCCAUGUCGGAGAUGUCAUGGUCAAAGGCCCCCACUCUGACUCCAUGGCCGUGCUCCACUAUCUGGCGUCACAUAACAUAACCGGCGUCCGUGGAAACCACGACCAGCAAAUCAUAGAAUGGCGAGGAUGGCUCAACUGGAUCAUAUCCCUCCCAGGUGGCCGCUGUUGGCUCGAGAACUUGGAGAAGAAAUGGUCUGAUUCACAAGAAGACGAUGAUGACCUCAGCCUCGAGCUUUGGAUGGACAACGAACGGAUUUCUAGCGCUAAAUCGGAAAAGAAAUGGUGGAAAUUGAUCCCAGAAGGAUGGGUACUCUUUACGGAGCACUAUCGGAUCGCCCGAGAAAUGUCGAAGGCCCAAUUCCAAUAUCUCUUGGACUUGCCUCUGCGGUUAUACGCCCCUAGUGCCCAUCUUUUCAUCGCCCACGCCGGUAUGCUAGCCGCCAAUCCAAAGUACCCCUUGGACGACAAGAAGAACCAACCCUUGGCGCGGGUCCCUGUCCCUUCGCGGCACCGCUUUUACAACGAUAGUUUCAACGACACCCAAGCUUUGGUGCACGACAUAGAGCAAAAGUUUAGUGCUCUCAGCUCUCACAAGAGCGUCCAUGCCCUACGGAACCUCCAGGAACUUGGUCUUCUGCUUCAAAUACCUCAGAACGUGGAUGGCCGACUUACCUUAAAUAUGCGGAGCAUAGUCGAUGGCGAGGUCACUAAAGGCAAGUCCGGCAGGCCAUGGGCGAACUUAUGGUGCGAGCAGAUGAAGAGCUGUGUUGGCUACGAUGCGAAAGGUCAUAUCAACGAUAGCGACGACACAGGUGACCUUUCGACCUCAGAUAUCGAUAUUAGGAAGAAGAAAGGCAAGAAGUAUCGCCUGCCGUGCUAUCCCUCAUCUGUCGUAUAUGGACACGCGGCUUCAAGGGGUUUAGAUAUUAAACGUUGGUCGUUCGGGAUCGAUACAGGUUGCGUGUACGAAAAGCGACUGACUGCGCUUAUUAUUGGUGGAGUUACACGAAGCGACUUUACACCUGUAGAAGGCAACGAGGACAGCUCUGCGGAUGAAGAUAAAAACGAGGAAGAGCUUGACGAUCGUUCCAAGCACGAGGGCGAGGAAGAUGAAGAUGAAGAUACGGACAUCGAGACAGGCAACUGGCAAUCCAAGCGUCCUGUCCCGUUCGGCGACAAUGCGAGGGCACGUAUCGUCUCUGUGAAGUGCUAA